UCUCCGGCGCUUGCUCAGCUGGGGUUGUCGCGCCGCCGGGCCGGCUCCUGGUCGCGGCUGCUGUGGGCCGAGGUGAUGGGGGACCUCAAGGAGGCCGGGGCCGAGGCUCUGCCGGCCGGGGACGCUGCUCGGGGAAGGCUCAGCCUCCUGCCGCAGGGAGAGUCCGAGGAACCUUCUGCACAGGGAUCAGCUUUAUUCCUUGGAGGCAAUGAAGUGAAGAGCCGAGCAGUGGUGAAAUACUCGUCCGCCCCUCCUCGCACAGCAUUUGCCCGCCUGGAAGAGAAAACUGACCUGAAGCUCCCACCUGCCAACUGGUUACGGGAGAGUGCCAGACUUGGGCCUGCAGGAACUACCAUUCUUGGCAAUAGUAAGAAAAGCAAGCCAUUUUCAAGCUUCGGUAUGGCAUACGACUUCAUUGAUUCAGUGGGAAAUGACGUGGAUGUUGUCUCCGACUCUGAAAACAUUAAAAAGCUCCUGAAGAUUCCGUACAGCAAGUCUCAUGUGAGCAUGGCAGUGCACCGCAUAGGAAGGACGCUCUUGCUGGACGAGCUCGACAUUCAGGAGCUGUUCAUGAGGUCAUCGCAGACUGGGGACUGGACGUGGUUGAAAGAGUUUUAUCAAAGACUUAUUGACCAGAAAUGGCAGAGGAAGAAGAAGAGCAAAGAGCACUGGUAUCAGAAGGCUAUCCUUUCCAAGUUCUUGUAUUACAGUAUCAAUGGUGACGGAGCUGCUCAGCCCGUGCCUUCUGCUGCGGACCCGCAGGGCUCAUCCAGUCCAGACCAGACACAUGAUAGGGAGGGGGCCUCCUGGCCUGCCCCAUUUGAAGUGCCUUCUUCAGUUUCGGAAGAUCCCAGUGCUUCUAAUCAGGAGAGUGAGCCUUUUGAGCCCUCGUACAUAGUGGGGCAUGUGGCCUCAGCACCCAAAGAACAGAACCUGACAACUUUGUUCAAUGAUGGGGAGAACAGUCAGGGUCUUAAAAAUGAUUUUGUUCGGAAUAUUUUGUGGACGUUUGAAGACAUACAUAUGCUAGUCGGCUCCAACAUGCCUAUAUUUGGAGGCGGCAGGUAUCCAGCUGUCAGCUUACGUCUCAGGGAUAACAACAAACCAAUUAAUGUGCUAACUGGAAUUGACUACUGGCUGGACAACUUGAUAUGCAACGUGCCAGAGCUUGUGAUGUGUUUCCAUGUGAAUGGAAUUGUGCAGAAGUACGAAAUGAUCAAGACAGAAGAGAUUCCCAAUUUGGAAAAUUCUAAUUUUUCUACUAAAGUCAUAAAGGACAUUGCACAGAAUAUUUUAUCAUUUCUUAAAUCAAAUUGUACCAAAGAAGGACAUACCUAUUGGCUAUUUAAAGCGAGUGGCAGUGAUAUAGUGAAGCUGUAUGAUCUUACAACUCUUUGUGAAGAAACUGAAGACAAAUACCAAAAUCCAUUCACAAUGCCAGUGGCCAUUCUCUUGUAUAAGGUUGCUUGCAACAUGAUGGUGAAGAAGAAUCAAAAUAAGAAGCACUAUGGGACCAUUAGGACGUUGCUCCUUAAUUGUGUUAAGUUGUUGGACAAGGGCAGGCAUCCUCAAAUUAUUGCUUCAGCCAAUUACAUGCUUUCAGAACUUUUUCAAUUGGAUGAACCUAAAAAAGAAGAAAGUUCAGACUCUCCUUUAAAUGAGAACUCUGACGAAAGCUACAGUGAAGAGGAGGAGGAGGAGGAGCUGCCGGACAGCGAUGACAAUGGAGCCUACGGCACCAGAUCUGCUCCGUCAGAGGACAGCAAGGCCGUAGCUAUAAUUAAGUCGGUUGGAGAGUUGUCAGUGCCUGAAAAAUACAAGUCCAUUCAUCAAAUCAGACCGAGUUGUGCAUUUCCGGUUUGCCAUGACAUAGAAGAGCGCUGUAGAAUGGUUCUUAGCUACGUUCUGGAGGGCUUGAAAUCCGUGGAUAGCAGCAUCAAGAAGGAAAGCGACCUUCCCGCAGCAGAUCCCAACACCCCAAUUCCACUAAAAUACGAAGAUGAGUCUACCCGGGGGGGUCCUGAGGGCCUGGAGAAGCAGAUGGCCUUGUUUCUGGACAAAAUGGGCUCCCUUCAGAAGGGUAACUACUCCAGCCAAUCUGGGAUGAUCCCCGGCUCUUGGCAACAUAAGAUGAAACUGCAGCUGAUUCUCAAGUCAUCAAAGGCCUACUACGUUUUGUCUGAUGCGGCUAUGAGUCUUCAGAAAUACGGGAGAGCGCUACGAUACAUUAAGUUAGCUUUGCAGAGCCAUGAUACUUACUGCUGCCUCUGCACCAAUAUGCUUUCUGAAGUGCUGCUGUUUCUUUCUCAAUAUUUGACACUCUGCGGUGAUAUCCAGUUAAUGCUGGCCCAGAAUGCAAACAAUAGAGCCGCCCACCUCGAGGAGUUUAACUAUCAGACAAAGGAAGACCAGGAGAUACUGCACAGUCUUCACAGAGAGUCGAGUUGUCAAGGAUUUGCCUGGGCAACCGAUUUAUCUACAGACUUAGAAAGUCAACUUUCAGUUAGUUGUAAGUGUUACGAGGCUGCGAAUGAAAUCUUACAGUUCAGUGACUUAAAAAGCCAAAACCCAGGACACUACGUGCAAGUGCUGAAGAGGAUGGGUAACGUUAGAAACGAAAUCGGUGUGUUUUAUAUGAACCAGGCUGCCGCACUGCAGAGCGAGAGAGUGGUGAGCAAGAGUGUGUCUGCUGCAGAGCAACAUUUGUGGAAAAAAAGCUUUUCUUGUUUUGAAAAGGGAAUUCACAACUUUGAGUCAAUUGAUGAUGCUACGAACGCUGCCCUGUUACUGUGCAACACGGGACGGCUCAUGCGGAUCUGUGCACAGGCGCACUGUGGGGCUGGGGACGAGUUUAAACGGGAAUUUUCACCAGAAGAAGGCUUGUACUAUAAUAAGGCUGUCGAUUACUAUCUGAAAGCUCUCAGGUCUCUGGGUGCCCGAGAAAUCCAUCCCACCGUCUGGGACUCGGUGAACUGGGAGCUGUCCACUACUUACUUUACGAUGGCGACUCUACAGCAGGACUACGCCCCGCUGUCUAGAAAGGCUCAGGAGCAGAUUGAAAAAGAAGUCAGCGAGGCUAUGAUGAAGUCCCUGAAGUACUGCGAUGUGGACUCAGUGUCUGCUCGGCAGCCGCUCUGUCAGUACCGGGCUGCAACCAUCCACCACAGGCUGGCUUCAAUGUACCACAGUUGUCUGCGGAAUCAGGUUGGUGAUGAACAUCUUAGAAAGCAGCACCGAGUGCUGGCAGAUCUUCAUUACAGCAAAGCCGUAAAGCUUUUCCAGCUCCUGACAGACGCCCCAUGUGAACUCCUUAGAGUACAGUUAGAAAGAGUAGCAUUUGCAGAAUUUCAGAUGACCAGUCAGAAUAGCAAUGUUGGAAAAUUAAAAACACUCUCUGGGGCUCUUGAUAUAAUGGUGAGAACUAAGCAUGCUUUCCAUCUCAUCAAAAAGGAACUUAUGGAGGAACUUGACCAGCCUAAGAGUGAUGAGACUGCCCCAGCUGCUGAUUCGUCUCCAAGUCUUAAUCGAGAAGAAGUGAUAAAGCUCCUCAGCAUAUUUGAAUCUCGGUUGUCAUUCCUCCUUCUUCAGUCCAUCAAACUGCUCUCUUCAACGAAAAAGAAAACAAGUAACACUGAAGAAGAUGGGGUCCUGAAAACCAACAAGCACAUUUACUCUCAGCUUCUGAGAGCGACGGCAAACAGAAGCGCGACGCUCUUGGAAAGAAUCGACGUUGUGGGCCAUUUGCUGGAUCAGCUCGCCCGCAGCAGCGGGGGCAGCGGUGGUGGCGCUCUUCAGUGA